AUGUCGGUCCCAGACGACGCCUCCCACCACCACAACCCCGACAACGGUCCUCCCAUAUCCCCCAAACGCGCCGCACACGACGACAUCGACAAGCUGGCCGCCGAAGACCAGGCCCCCGCCUCGAAACGGUCCCGCGCCGUGAGCCACUCGGCCUCAGACGACGGCGACGACGACGGCGAGGCAAAGACGCGGGCUACUACGGCCGCGAUGGCGAACGCUUCCCUGACGGCGGGCGAGGGCGAAAGGGACGUCGGUGACGGGGCACCAGCAGCCGCGGCGCAAACGACACAGCCCGCCGCAGGAGCGCCAGACGAGACACCAGAGACGACACAGCCCGCGCCGGCACCCAAGACCAAGAUGUGUGGGGUGUGCAACGAAAAGGAGGGCAAAUAUAAGUGCUCCCGCUGCGCAUUACCCUUCUGCUCCGUCCCGUGUAACAAAACGCACCGCGAGAACCACCCGCCCGACCUCGCACCGGCGGCAAAACCGCCCAGCGCCAACCUCGAGCCUCCGCCAACAAACGCGCCGAGCGCCGCCGCAGCCCGCGACCCAAGAAACCCCUUCAGUGUUCUCGACGACUCGGACCAGCUCCGGUACCUCUUCCGGCGGUACCCGACGCUGCAGGCGCGGUUGCUCGAGAUCUUCGCCGCCACGGAGCCGCCGCCCGAGAUGCAGUCCACGGGAAGCAGCCUCAAUGACAUGAUGAAGGCGCGGGCGAUGGCGGCCGCGAACCCGAAGAAGGAGCAGUGGACGCACGACGUCGGGAUCCGCAAAGGGAAAGAGGCGCUGCGUAGGGCCAGGGCCGCCGACGGCGAGGACGGCGAGGGCGUGAGGGAGUACGUCGAGCUCAUCAACCACCUCAUGUCGCAGGCGAGUGCGGUGGCGGAGGCCGAGGAGUUGAUUCGGAAACAGGCGGCUGAAAAGGAUGCCGAGCUGAUUAGACGCCUCAUGACGGAGGACCGCGGGUGA